CAGAAAAGGAGCUUAGGAAGGAAGCGGGAGGGUUUCAAUGUAAAAUAGCUGAGCAGGGAUGGAGGAGAAGCUAAAUAAGGUUGCUUUGUGGUUGAAAAAGACUUUGGGGGAUCAAAAUAUUCCAUCCUACGAGGUAGAUACGCGAACAGUGGAUAUUUUGCACGAGUUGGCAGAAUGCAGCGAAUCUCGAGAUGCAGACAUCAGGAUAUUAAUUGACGACAUGAAGCAGAAGACGGUGGAGUACGAAUCAGAUGGCAACUAUCUACAGGGUCUUCUGACGGAAAGUCUAAAUCUUUCUUUUACCAGCCUAUCAAAUGCCAGCACCAACUAUUUGGACAUCUUAGUGGACUCUGCCAUGGCCCUCGAAACAAAGGACACUUCCCUUGCAAGCUUCAUUCCUGCCAUCAAUGAUUUGACUUCAGAUCUGUACAGUGCCGAAUCAAGAAACAAAGACAUGGAGCACGAAUUGUCCAACCUCAGAAAAAAACUCACUUCGGCGCUGGUGCUGGAAAAACGUCUACAAGAUGACCUUAAAAAAACCGAAGAACUUCUGGCUGUGGAAAAAGCCAAAGCUGAUAGCCGAACCCAGAAUAUAAAGUUCUUGAAGGACAAAUCCGAGGACUUCAAAUUCCGAAUCAAGGCAGCAGAGGAACAACUUUCUGUCAGUGGCAUGGAUGUUUCCUUGACGCAUGAGUCUCUCGUGAGUCUCUCAGAGAAACUAGCAGAGUUAAAGAAGCAAGCAGCGCCUCUGAAGAAGAAACUGGACUCGUACCUGGACCUUACACCUAGUCCUUCUCUUGCUCGAGUGAAGAUUGAAGAAGCCAAGAGGGAGUUGGAUGCUCUCGAGGCAGAGUUUUCUGCGAAGGUGGAUAUGACAGCACUUUCGGUGCCUUUAUCUAGCAAACGUCGGUUUACCUAAUGGCACUGGUGUGAAAAGAAAAGGACCGUUUAAUAUGUAUUUUCUUGUGAAUGUUUUGAGUGUUGGUAUGUUUUCUUAUUUGUACUUGACAUUGUCUUUUCUUCUGCAGCUUCUUUCUUCCAAGGAGAGUAAUUCUUUUUUUUUAAAAUAUAACUUUCUAUAUUGUAUACAAUUUUGCCCUACCAAAUCCACAAUAAAACCAUG